UGCAUACCGGAAACGGUGUUACUAACUGAGGAAUUGACCGCCGGCGAGCCUCUGAAAAUCUUCAGUCUGACUUGGGUCCAGGAGAGACCAUGUCCGUCGUUACAGGCAAACUGUAUUCACCUUUAAUCUCAUUUAAAACUAAUUCUCCAUGAUAUAACAGUAACGUGAGGCCUGAAGGAUGGUCGGCUCGGGAGCUGUUCAGGUGAAACUGGAACUCGGACAUCGCGCCCAAUUCAGAAAGAAACCCACGGCGGAAGGCUUCACCCACGACUGGAUGGUGUUUGUUCGGGGGCCAGAGAACAGCAACAUCCAGCACUUUGUGGAGAAAGUGGUUUUUCACCUGCACGAAAGCUUCCCAAAGCCAAAAAGAGUAUGCAAGGAUCCUCCAUACAAAGUGGAGGAGUCUGGAUAUGCUGGAUUCAUCUUACCUAUUGAAGUUUACUUCAAAAACAAGGAAGAACCGAAGAAAGUUCGCUUCGAUUAUGACCUGUUCCUCCACCUUGAGGGUCAUCCGCCUGUCAAUCAUCUCCGCUGUGAAAAGCUGACAUUCAACAACCCAACAGAGGACUUUCGAAGAAAGCUGCUGAAGGCAGGAGGGACACGGGAUCCUCACAAACGAGGUUCAGAAGAAUCAAAAGUGAUGGUAAUGCAGGAAGGCCAGCACCUCAAGCUGCCAACACUUCCCAACAACUCACUGAUGUCUUUGUCCUCCGAUCCAAAGAGAAGCAAGAGCUUCCACACUUCAAAGGAUUGCUUCAAAGGAGGCAAAACUGACCUACUCACAACAGCCACAACCACUAGCACAAACAGCAGCAACUUUUCCAAACUCCACAAACCCUCCAAGGACCACAAAGACAAGCCUUUAAAAAACUUGAAAGAGCCCAAAAGUGCCUUUAGAGACUCUGGCUGGGAAUCCUCAAAAGUCCCCAAAGAAUCUUCAAGGAAACCCAAAGAGAAUCAGCCACAGAGAGAUAGCAAUCCUAAGAUGGGUUUUAAGGAACCCAAGUCUUUGUCCAAGGAGCAUCGAAGUGAGUCAGUGACCCAUGGAUUAGGCUUAAACAAGCGCCUCUCUGUGUUGGACAGUGAUGAUCUUAUGACCAAAAAACGCAGAAAGGGGUAUCUGGAAUCAUCGGUAAAGCAAACAUCAGGUUCAGACUCUCAUUAUUCUGACAAGAAAAAAUCGCAGAUGGCAACAACUAAACUACGUCCAGAACUGGAUAAAGCAGAGCGCAAGAAAGUGUCCAGGCUUCCACCGUUCCAGGAGUUGGUGGACCCCAACGAUUCUGAUAUGGAAGAUCAGACAAAGUCAGAUUCUGAACAGCCCAGUCCAGCCAGUUCCAGCUCCAGUUCAGGCUUUGCUCCCUCACACCACAAACGUCAAGUGCUUGGGCCGCUGCAGUCAGUGGUGCAAGAUCUGCAGUCAGACGACAACGAUGACGAUUCAGACGAACUUGAAGACCACGACAUGGACUCUGAUGCAGAACGACCAACACAAACACGUCUCACACACCACCAACACAGGGUUAGUUUAAGUGAUGGCAGUGAGACUGAUGGCUCCUCUCCCUCACCCCCCACCCACAAAGAGGUCCCAGCUUUUAUAAAAAGCACCAAUAACCAGAUUCUAGAGGUGAGGAGCCCCAUCAGACAGAGCAAGCAAGACAAGAAUGAAAACCUAGACUGUGACAAGGCUUACCUGGAUGAAUUGGUAGAGCUGCACAAAAGACUGAUGACACUAAGGGAAGGCCAUAUAUUGCAGCAGAUCGUAAACCUGAUUGAGGAGACGGGGCAUUUCCACAUCACAAAUACUACUUUUGACUUUGACCUUUGCUCCCUGGACAGAAGUACGGUUCGGAAGCUGCAGAGUUACCUGGAGACCUUGGGAUUGUCCUGAGGCUCUGAGCGGUUGGGCUGCAGAUUCUCUGUUUCUGCUUUGACUUUUCCUGAAUAGAAUCAAGGUUGGUUGUUGCACUGCAUCCAGUCUGCUGGAGCCCUGAGUCCAGCAGGUCGUCCUGCAAGUGGAAAGCAGUGGGAGGCGCUGUGGGGGCAGAGCCUGUCCAACAGGAGAUCACCUGUAAGGCCUUGUAGCUUCAACUGAUAGCGGCGUGGUGGCUGGUUUCUCUUAAUGAAUGUGCAUAUUGAUACAUGUAUGUUUCUUGAUUUGUUAUUCAUUGUGACAAACACAUGAUCAGCAUUGCCUUACAACAUGAUGUGUUAUUUAUUGAAUUUAUUUUGGAGGUGUGUGUGUUGGUGUGCGUGCGUGCGUGCGUGUGUGUGUGUAUAAAAUGGUUCUGGCAGAAUGAGACAGUGGAAGCACUUCACAAAGAACAGAUCUUCCAACCUGUGAGAUUUGAUCAUCAGUCUGAAUUAAAAGAUCUUUAACUGGAGAUUUAAGACAGCCCUGAUCCACUGGGUAUAGAAUUCACAAAUUAAAAAAUAUAUAUAUUACAAAUAUGUUUUCAUACCAUUGUGGUUUGGAGCUCCAGAUGGAUGGAGAUUAUGUCUGUUCUCCAUUUUUUUUCCUCAAAUGUUACCAUAUAAAUAACAGAAAACCUCUGAAUCACAGAAAUGCUCAGAAUCACUGGCCCAGAAUUAGUUUUGGAUUUAUUAAAAGUUCACAUAAGGAAGUUUUUUUUUUUUUUGUAAUGAUGCAUCGUAGCAAUAAAGCUUAUUCUAUUGAAAAACCUGUGUACUCCCUUAAAAUGGUGCCUCGUUUGUAAAGAAAAUACAUGUUAUGUUUUCAUUUGCAGAGGUGACUGCAAAUCCUCACUGCCAAUGCCACAUAGCUUUUGGUAAAGGCAGUGUGAUGCUGCGGUGUGGGAGGGGGGGUAGACAAGGCUUGUCAUCAUUGGCUCACAAUGCAGAUAUAUAAAAGAUGAACCAGCUGUAGGAUAUUGGUUGAGCUGAUUUUUGAAGUUUUUCAUGGAUAUAACCCACAAAUGUUCCUUACAAAUGAGGCACAAUUUAAAGUUUUUUUAUAACUGUCUGGGAUUUAUUGCCAAGAAAUUAUGUUACGUUAAUACGACAAAGAAAUAAAUGAUCAAACAUA